AUGUAUUUGAUGUUGGUUGUGUGGUUGCAUAAAACUGUGUUGAUGUGCGUAUUUGGUUGCAGUAGAAGUAGCAAAGAGAUAAGGUACAAAUAAAUGGAGAUGCAUGUGUAAUAGAGCCGUGAGCUGCUCGCUUCUGAUUAUUUUGCGAAUGGUAUGGUGAUGGUGCUGGUACGUAAUGUAACUGUGGAUAUCGUCGAUGAUGGUGCGAUCGUAUUUCGCGGUUUAAUAAACGUCGCCGGGGACUUCUCGUCAGACCUUGUGGAGAGGGAAUUGGAAGUGCGCGCGAUCCAGCGUUCAUUGAUCGACCCCUCCACGGUCGACAGGAGUCCCCCCCGAGCGCCCCUCGCCGGUGCCCUUACAGUGUUAUCCCGACAAAGCGACCAGGGUAGUUGGCUGCAACACCCUCACGUACCGUGGCGCUCACUGACUGACUGACAAACCGGCCCCGCACAUCAAGAUCAGUGACUGACUGACUGUCCGUACCGAUACGCAAACACACGCAGUGAUCACACCUAAUCACCACAAUUUACCAUUCGUCUUCAGCAGCGUCGAACUCGAAUCCAAACCAAAGCCAUAGCAGACAGCGGGAAGAAAACAAACCGUUUUUUUCCUCCCUAGUUUUAAACAGUGUACCUUGCACACAUCGUGCAGUGUUUUUGUAUGUAAAACGUGUUUCAAAAAGCAUCAAACUGUGGGGCGCAGGGGCUUUCUUCUUACCUCCGCAAGGGAUGUACUACCCGCACAUGGUGCAAACGGGUAUGGCGACCCCGUUCGGAGCGGCGGCACACACCGGAUUUGCGGCACAAAAUGGCGACGUAAAAACGGCCGUCGAUGCUAAAGAUGUGCCUCUUCUGCCACAGCCGGCUGCUGCAGCUGCGGCGGUUGCAGCCGCGGCGGCAGCAGCAGCGGUUGUACCACCUUUUUCGCCGCCUCCACCGCAGGCCGCAUCAGAACAGACGCCCGCAGGAAGCAGUCCUGCGAGGCCGGCAUACGAAGGAGCUGUCGUCGUCCAAACUGAAGCCGAAGCACAACCGACGGCACAAGCACAGAAUACAGAAACCAGCGAUGCCAAUGCCACGGGCACGACGAACUCGGAUCCUACUAAAAAUCAACCGAAAAGAUUACAUGUAUCAAACAUUCCGUUUAGAUUUAGGGAUCCAGAUCUGAGAGCUAUGUUUGGGCAAUUUGGUCCAAUAUUAGAUGUGGAAAUAAUCUUUAAUGAACGUGGAUCAAAGGGGUUCGGUUUUGUAACAUUCGCAAAUAGUGCUGAUGCGGAGCGCGCACGAGACCGACUUCACGGCACCGUGGUUGAGGGAAGAAAGAUAGAGGUGAAUAAUGCAACAGCCAGAGUACAAACCAAGAAACCACCUACUUUACCAGCAGUUCCUAUGUGUGUCCCGUGGCCCGAGGCAGCCCUGAGGGGUGUGGCAGCUAUCCAGAGAGGACGAACCAGGGCUGCGUAUCCGACGGCGGCGGCAGCGGCAGCAGCCGCAGCAUUUGCCAGGCAUCCUGCACCCCUGGGUACGGCCCUUGGUUACACCCCGGUACUCAACACAUUGCCGGUAGAUGGCAGCGUUUAUUACGAUCCUCUGCUCGGCGCCCACGCAGUCGAUCCUAAUUACAGGUUACAGGCCGCAGCAGCAGCAGCUCCUCUUCUCAAGACUCCUCUUUCGACGGCCCAACAGGCCAGCUACGCCGCAGCUGCUACUUAUACAGCGGUUGCGGCGCGAUAUGGAGCUGCAGCAGCAGCCCAACCAGUCGCAGGUUACGCAACAGUCGCUGGUUACGGCCGUGAUUACGAACCUUAUCUGGGACAUGGCAUUGGACCAAUGGCAGGCUAUGGGGCCGCAGUGUAUAGGAGUGGGUACAACAGGUUCGCUCCUUAUUGAACACAUAUCGGCAGCUCGAAACGGCCUAUAAUACUCACUUGUACAUGUACGUAGCCAAAGAGCUGUAACUCACUAACGUACCCUUGUGAUAUUCCUCCAGCUCUCUCUCUCUCUCUAUCUAACAUUACGUCUUAACAUUUAGGAGUUAAUUAAGGAACAAAAAAAAUAUGAAAAAGAGAAUUCAAACUCCACCUCAACCCCGAAUCUCUAAAUCCCAUGACAUAAGUAGUUUGUCGACAGCAAAAAGAACAAAAAUGAAUCUCCUCAACCAAAAACCGACUACUAAAACAAACAUCCCCUGUAAAUUAUUCAUAUUAGAGCAGUAUACAGCACAAAAUAAUUCAAA